UUUGGAGCUUCAGUUCGCAUUUCAGUCCAGCUGAAGGAAGCAAAGAUGCGUCGGUUGUGGGUGUUAUUAGUGCUAUCGACGGCAGCAUGUGGUGGAUCUAGUGACCUGGAGGAACAAAUGCGCGUGCUCACCAAACAAGUGACGACGCUUCUGGAUAGACGAAGAGAGGAUCUAGCAAGCAUCGAGGAUAACAUGCGGAAGAGGAUGCUACAAAGUCCGGAAAUUGGGGAUGUUAGAGAGGAGCUUAGGAGGCUGAGGAGCGAAAUGGAUCAAAUCCAGUCUGGAAGCUUUCAAGGGCCUCCUCAUUCCCGGCAGGAAAAAAACGACCACUUGACGGUGAAAUGGUUGUCCAAUGCGAUGGCGGAAUUAAAAACCGAACUCUCCGAAGUUCAAAACACUCUCAAUUCGACCGUAAUCCUCCAAAAUCACGAACAAGUCGACACCGAGCUUAGUUUAUUAAAAAGCGACGUCUCCAAUCUCAACCAGGAACUCGAGAUGGCAAAGAAGAAGAAUGCCAAGUAUGAGGCGGAUUUAAUGGCAAUGAGGGAGGAAUUGACAUCGCUCAAAGAACAUGCAAAGGCGACGGCCGUCAUGUGCGCAAAAAAUAAAAAUCAGUUGAAAGCCGCCCAAUUGGAAUGGAAUCACAAUUGGCAAAUUUUGAACGAGAAAAAACCAACAAUGGACUUUGAAUCUCCGGACCAAACCCACCCAUCACGCCAUCAAAGACUCCUCAAAAAACACGUCCUCGACCUGGAGAAGACGUCAAAACUCCUCCAUCGCGAGAAUGAACGUCUGAAAACGCGCUUCUUGAAAGUGGAGGAGGAAUUAGACCUAUUGCAGAAAUACGUCGAGAAUAAGGACGAAAGGAUCAACGGCAACGAAAUCCAGGACUACAUCAACCGGGAGCGCGUCCAGGAAGUCGGCCGGGAUGAGUUCGGCCGUCGCUUGUUGAAAAACAGCGAAAGCAUCGCCAAUUUGACUAAACAAAUGUCGAAUUUCGAUAAAUUACACUUGUCCAUGUUGGAGUUGUUGGAAAACGUCGAAAGUAUCGAGAAUAAGGUCGAUGUGGGUCUGCCUGACUUCCGCAAAGAGAUCUCGAAAUUGGAAAUUCAAAUCGGCGAUGCCGUUUCGCAGAUUUCUUUGUUAAGGGAAGAUCAAACAAAUACGAGACAGUCGGUUAAAGCCAUCGGGGUGAGUGUGUCCAAUUUGCAAGAUAAAGCCGACACGGAGCGAAAACGAGUGCGGAAAGUCGAGGAGCAGCUUGAGAGUUUGACCAAAGCGGCUUCCAUGCAGACGGCCAAGUUGCACGAUCAUAUUUUGAAGACCGAGUCGUCGACACUCGACACCAACCAGACCAAGUCCACCAUCCACCUGGUGCAGGAACUGAAAUCGUUCGAAAACGAGUACAAGAGCAUCGUCAAUAAGUUACCACACGAUUGUGGCGCGGUUUCUGGACCUAGUGGAGUCUAUUUGAUUUCACCAGGAGAUGGUGAACCGAUCCUGGCUUAUUGCACCAACGGCUGGACCACCAUCCAGAAACGCUACGACGGUUCGGUGGAUUUCAACCGCAACUGGAACGACUACUCCAACGGGUUCGGCUCUGCCACAGGCGAGCACUGGCUGGGUAACAGGAACUUGCACUACCUCACCCAGAAAAACUGCACCAGGUUGCAAAUCAACAUGAAGGACAUCUACGGGAAGUACUGGCAAGCCGAGUACGAGGAGUUCAACGUGGGGGACUACAGCAUGGGGUUCAAGCUUGUGGUGGGUGGCUACAGUGGGAAUGCGAGUGAUGCACUUGAUUACCAAAACCAUAUGGAAUUUUCGACGAUUGAUAACGAUCGUGAUAUUUCCAAUACCCACUGUGCGAGUAAUUAUGAGGGGGGUUGGUGGUUCUCCCACUGCCAGCAUGCCAAUUUAAACGGGAGAUACAACCUGGGUCUGACCUGGUUUGAUAGUUCGAGGAACGAGUGGAUAGCGGUGUCGAAGAGCGAGAUGAAGGUGAAGCAAAGAGAGAACUGUUGAAUUUUUUCCAAAUGUUUAUCAAUGUUAACCAGUGUAUGCCAUGCUAUAAUUGUAUUUUUAGUGGAUUGGGAAGACUGAAAUUUUUGUUCGAGUUUUUUUGCCAGUAUUUACCAAAGAAAAGACUAGUUCAUUCGAAUUGUUAGGUUAAGCGCACACUUUUUCAGAUAAUAUGUCGUGUAUAUAUAUUUUUAUUAUUUAUUCGUAUGCUUUUUUACUGCCAUAUAGGUUUCUAACAUUGUAUAUACUAGUAUUUAUUGUAAUUUAUAAUGUUUGACAAAGAUAGGGAUAAUUUUCCACUUUGAUGGUUUAUGUAAAUAUACUUAGGUCGAUACCUUUGUACCAAUGAUUAGUUUUUUAAUAAAAUUAUUAAGGAAAA